CCUGCUUGCACGUCGCGCAAAAAACAGCAGCGGCGGCCGUUGGGGGAAGAGAGUAAAUAGAGAGAGAAACCUCAAGAUGGCUGACUCGCUGGGCUCCGCUCACCUCACCGGAGCUGCUACUGCGGUAGCCCCGGCGGUCGCCUCCGUCAAAAGCCCGCUCGCCAAGCCGACGGAGCCGAAAGGAGCCCCUGACAACCGCUCCCAGUCUUCCCGGGAUUUCAACCCGCCGCCGCCCAAGAAGGUCCGAGUCGAGGAGAGGAGCGUUAAACCCAAAAAACUCAGUAGGGAAACAGCAGUUGGAGGCAACGGUAGCGGCAAAGAGAAACUCCAGCAGCCCACGAAGCAGCAGCAGAGUUACGGCAGCAGCAGCGGCAGCAGUACGGGCUUGUGGAGCUUCAGCCCGGUGAAGACGAGCAGCAGCGGCAGUAGCAGCAACCCUCCGGUGCCUGCUACCGGUGGAGCUCAAACACCGACAAACACGCAUAAAGUCUUCAAACAGAGCGACUUCUUCCUCCACAAAGCGCCUUCCUCCUCCAAACCCAAGAAACCGAGCAAAGAUAAACGGCGGGAGAAAGACAGGGAGAAGGGGAAAGGAGGCGGAGAGGAGAAAAAGAAACAUAAACUACUGGUGACCUCCGGACCCGGGAGUAACGUUACCAACAACGAUAUCAGCAGAAUUAGUAACACUUCUGCGGUGAGGAGAGAAAAUGGGGAGGUCAUGUUGCCACCUAAAGAGCACUCCAGCAAGGCGCAAGAGAGGGAGCGGGAGGAGAGGGAGAAGAAGAAGGUCAAAGACAGAGAGAGGGAGAAGGAGAAGAAGAAGCACAAAGUGAUAAACGAGAUCAAGAGGGAGAACGGAGAAGUCAAGCAGCCCAUUAAAGAUGAAAAAGAGAAAGCCAAGAUCAACUCUGAGGAGCUGCAAAUCAAAAAAGUGAAGAAGAAAAAGAAGAAGAAACACAAAGAGGGGGAGAAGCACAAGCGAGUGAAGAUGUACCACCGCUCCUGCCAGACCAUUUGCGCCGGCCUGCUUCUGCUCCCUCCAUCCUCUCCACCUCCCACCUCCUCUCCCUCAUCCUCCAAUCCCACUCACAACUCCUCCCUGUCUCCAUUCAAGUCCCCUCUACCUGUCUACCCUCCACCCAACAACAAAACUGCACAUCAUUUACCUUCCUCUCCUACUCUCACCCCCACAUCUCUCUUAAACUGCACCACACCUCAGCCUUCCCCAACCAAACUCUCACCGCAGUGCAGCUAUCCCGGCAUGGCUGGCCUGGAGUUUGCUCCCUACAUCCACAUAGAGCACCAGCCGAACGGAGGGGCCCUGGUGGCCCACGCCUACAUGUCCCAGCUGUCCUCACUCUCCCUGGGCCAGAGGCAGAGAUUUGCCCAGGAGUUUGUCACCUUGGCUUUCAGCGAGGACUCGUCACAGGCAGCUCAUUACGUCAUGGGAAUCGUCCACGGAGAAGCCAGCUACCUGCCGGACUUCUUGGACUACUUCUCAACCAAGUUCCCAUCAGCUCCGGUCAAAAUGGAAAUACUGGGAAAGAAGGACAUCGAAACCACCACUAUGGUUAAUUUCUACUCUCAGGUGAAGAAAACGUACAGCAAUGGUACAUACAGAGCCGGGGCAAUGAGACAGAUCAGCCUGGUGGGAGCGGUGGACGAGGAGGUCGGGGAUUAUUUCCCAGAAUUCCUCGGCAUGCUGGAGGAGUCGCCCUUCCUGAAGCGGACUCUCCCAUGGGGAACGCUCUCCAGUCUGAGGCAGAUGAAUCCCACAGAGAGCGACGACGGUCCCAUAAUGUGGGUCAGACCAGGAGAACAGAUGAUACCUGUAGCUGAUAUACCAAAGUCCCCCUUUAAAAGAAAACGCUCCACCAACGAGGUGAAGAACCUGAUGCAGUCGCUGCCCAGGACCAGCGAGCCCAGAGAGAUGCUGUUUGAGGAUCGCACUCGGGCCCACGCCGAUCACAUCGGUCAGGGCUUUGAACGACAGACCACAGCAGCCGUGGGGGUGCUGAAGGCUGUGCGGGCCGAGGACAGCUCGGAGCCUCCUCGUGUAACCAAAGACGUCGUGUGUUUCCAUGCUGGUGAUUUCCCUCAAGUCGUUCAGAGGCUGCAGUUGGACCUGCACGAACCUCCACUGUCUCAGUGUGUGCAGUGGGUGGACGACGCCAAACUGAACCAGCUACGGCGCGAGGGCGUUCACUACGCCCGCAUCCGCCUGUGCCACAACGACAUCUAUUUCAUCCCUCGCAACGUGGUCCACCAGUUCAAGACCGUGUCGUCCGUCUGCAGCCUGGCGUGGCACGUCCGCCUGAGACAGUACCACCGUGGAGAGGGAGAGGAGGAGGAGGAAGAGGAGGAGGUUAACGUGAAGGAGGAGGAGCAGGAGGUUGAGUUGAAGGAGGAGAGGAAAGCAGUGGAGGAGAAAGAGGAGGAGAGGAGAGAAAAGAAAAAGGGUGAGAAAGGGUUGAAGGAGAGGAUAAAGGAGGAGGAGGAGGAGGUGGCAGAGAACAGGACGUUGCUGACUGUCAAAAAGGAGGAAGAGGAUCAACAUCCACCUCUCCUGUCUCAGCCUGCUCUCGCAGUGGACUCGAACAUGAGCGGCGCUAGAGACAAAGAGGUGGAGAAGGAGAGCAUGAAAGAUGGAGGAAAACUCAAGCGGCAGGAUUCACCUCCUGCUAAGGUGAAAGCAGAACUUCCUGCGCCUCCUCCCUGCAAGAAUAAAUCACCUUCACCUCUCUCUCCAACCCCUCAUCAUCCUCAUCAGGACACAAAACCCAAAGCAUCAAAGCACCUUCAUCAUCGCCACCAUCACCAUCAUUCGGAUAGCAGAAUGACAUCUUCCUCCUCUUCAGCUCCUAAAUCACCCGUCUCUAAAUCUUCCUCUUCUUCCGCUGUUCGCUCCUCUCUUGCAGCUCCCAGUCCAUCUUCUACCUCUUCUUUGUCUCCUGCUUUGUCCACAUCUUCCUCUGUGUCAACAACUGCUACAUCUACUGCUACUCCCAAGACUGCAGCGGACUUCUCCACGGUUUCUUCGACUUCCCAGCUGCCUUCCUCCUCUUCGUCAGACCAACCGAAAGACUUGCUUCGCCUGAAGUCAGACGUCCCUUCUGACACACGGACACAGGAGGUCGGAACGUCACACGCGUCACCUGGUGUGGAUGUACAAACCUCUGCAAGCUCACAAGCCGACACACGGACACACACAGUCGCUCGAAUGGCAACGGACUCACGGACACACACACUCCAAGAGAGGUGGACUCACAGUGUGGACGCCAGGACGUCUGCAGAUCCACAGAUGCAUCUGCCGCAGGACAAUGCGAGGCAAGGACUUUACAUGCAGCAAUACACACCCCAGCAUCUCCCACCACCGCCUCCUCACCUCCCUCCCAUGCUUCCCCCGUCUUUCUCCCCUCUCCUGCCACACUCCCACCUCCCUCACAGACCACCGAUGCUCCCCCCGAAUCCACUCCCUUCUCAGCAGCCCCAACCUCUGAACUCUUAUCUCAGUCAGAAAGCACCGCCACACUCAGUCAACAUGCACCUGCACCACCAACCAAACAUCACCACGCAGUCUCAGCCGUACUACCAGCCUCCGCUGAUCGCCGCCCCUCACCAACCAAACACUCCCCUCACCAGCUCCCAGUCGCUCCCCCCUCACCUGUCUCACCAUCAGUUCACCCCGCACGCCAACACCUUCUUCCCCCCUCAGCAUCCCCACUUCUCUCCUCACCACUUCCUCCCACCUCAGUCUUACCUCCCUCAGCCGCCCAGCUCUUACCCGCUACGACCACAAUACCAACCUCAGUCUUACCCUCACCCGCCUCCUCCUCCUUCCUCCUCGCCGCCUCCCCCUCCGCCUUCUCUUCCACCUCCUCCUCCUCCUCAACCCUCCCCUUCUGUCCUCCUCUCUCCCCCGAAGCAUGAAGAGGAGCAGAAACAGAUUUUAUAGUAGUUUUGUACAUACUGAUGCUGUUUUUAAAUGUAAGGUUUUAUUUCGGUUGUGUUGUAAAACGAUGUAUAAAGGAAAUAACGAGGCAGACGGUGUAUCGGUAUGAUCACAGUUUGGUAGUCUAUGAAGCAGAGUUGGACUUAACUCACCCCAGACCUCUCCACUGGACUGGUUUAGAUUGUACUGAACUCUUCGGUUGUACUCAGAAAUACUGAGAGUUGCAUUUGUCAGUAGUUUUGGCCUUCGGUCACGUACGGCUGCAUCAGUUUUGACUUUAAAGAUAUUAUUCAGGCUCGAGGUUUGAAUGAGCUCACUCGUCUGCCAAACUGCUGUCCGGUUCUGUUGUUUGAAGCGAGCCGUCAAAGGAAGGAAGGAAAGACGGUAAAAUUCUGCUUUGAACGACUUUGUGUCAGAUAUUUAUAUAAAAAGGUCAUCGUGAUGACCUUUUUGUGAAACUUGCAGCUAAUGCUUCCAUUUUUGUGGCUUUUUUCCUAGUAUAUUUUUUGUGCCCAAGACUGUUUCCGGAAUAAUGAUGGGUCAAAUCACAUUUCCUCCUCUAUAUUGUACAGAUAAACCUUAGUCAAUACAGGAUGUCACAGUAUGUUUCCCUGAUAUUGUAUUUUGAGCAAUAAUGCUCUGCAAUAAUCCGCUGAAUAUUAGUACAAAUGCAUUUUCCCAUCAUUGACACGGCGACUGCAAAUAUCAGUAUUUUUAUUCUGAUUUCAGAGCUAUUGAUAAAAGAUAGUAAUGUCCUGUUGAAUUAGCUCCAGUGUUUUAUUGUCCAGGAAGAAUAUUAGUGCAGUUUUAAGUGCCCCCCCCAUGGCAAUUAUAGUACGCUACAGAGUGUAGCAGCACCAUGAAGAGAGUCACAGUUUAAAGGAAUAGUUUGACAGUUUGGGAAAUGUAUUUAUUUUACGAGAGUUAGAUAAAAAGCUUGAGACCACUCCUGUAUGUGCGGUAAAUUCCUGGAGCCAGUAGUCGCUUAGCUUAGCUUAGCUUAAAGACUGGAAACACUGCAGUCUUGUCGACUCUACAAGUUACUGCUCCUGGUCAGGAAAUAGUCUGGCACAUAACCUGCUGCAAAACUGCUGGUGUUGUGGUUUUCUCCUUUCUGUAAAGUCUUGUCGAGCUUUGAAUUUAUAACCACCACUAAAAGAUUUGAACUUAACACCAUGACACAAACAAACAAACAAAACUCUAUUUCCUAAGUACAGUGUGUUUAAAUCUUUGGAUUUGCAGACAAGCAUGAUAAAGAUCUGAAAAAUCGAAGGCAUUUGAAGCUGUGCUCUUGACAGCUGCUGGAAAAAUCUAUCAACAAAAGGACGAACUUGGUCCACUUCAAACUGCAGGGCCGUGCCUGACCAAUUUGGCACCCUAGGCAAGAUAUUUGCUGCCUCACGCCAAUUUUUUCCUCCAACAUGAAUCCUGUCGGAUGUCACCUAAAUGGGAGUGAGUGCAGGUUGAAGUGAAGGGCUUUGAGAUUGCUUGGCCCAGACUGGAGAAGAACCUGCAGAUGGCACUACGUUGCUUCGGUGGCGUCUUAAGAUGAUGUUUAAAGGUGCGAGCUAUGUGAUCGAUUUCUUGUUCUCCUCGGUUCAUUUACAGCAGAACAAGCUCAGCACAGCCCCAAAAUUCACACAAGUCCUUUAAAACGGCCUUGUCGAGGCUUUUGAAAGUUCCUGGGGAGAUAUCAAAAUCAGCUCCCUCAACCUCGGCCCAUAUCUUAUUGAAAAGGCGGUCAAUGGUGACAUAGAGGUCUUCACAUCUUUUGUUGACCUUAGCUUUGUUAAAGACCCUUGUAACCAGCUUGUCAACAAGUAUUUGGACAGAGAGUUUGUUUGUCUCUGUCACUAAAUCCUGGCCUGGUGGUAAAUGGAGCACCGGUUCAGCACCUGUCUCCAGUACUGUGACUGCGGGUGCUGGUGAGGUUGAUUCAGUAGCAUUUAAAGCCUUCAUGACAUUGUCAUAAUGGAUGCCAGUCUGAUAUGUCAUCCACCACCUCAGCAGUACCUGGAAACGCCACACUGUCCUGGAAGUAGCCCUCCUGAUGUCGGCCAGUGUAUUUUUAAAUGGUCCAAGCCGACUAAAUGACUCUCGAGUCAUCCCCUCGAUGGUGUAAUCAGAAAGGAGACUCCCCAGUGCCUCUGUGAAAACUAGGUCUCUACCUUCAGCAAUAUGUUGCAGUUUUUUUUAACUGCAAGGCUUCAUCUCCAGCUGGCUGUUUCUCACCACCCUCUGGUCGGAGCAGUUCAGAGACAGAGUCAGCAAAGGAUUGCAGUGAUUCUCUGCUUUUCACUUUGCUGUUGGGCGAGAAUCUUCUCUUAAGAUUUCUUGCGGCACAAUGUAUCAACUGUUUAGCAUACUGUUUAACCAACAGAAGCGUUAUCUUGGGUCCUGGGCUUUUAUUUGCCCUGACUGCUGCAGCAGCAAACUCGCUGGUGUCACUCACGACACUAUCACUCUCCUGGUAGGUGUCACAUAGCAGCACAUCAUGCUCAGCGUCAGAGGCAUCAUCCAAUAAAAUAUUUAGGACAUCUCCCAGCUCCUUUGACACUAUUUUCUGGGCUUGAGAUUUUUUACUUUCCGCGCUGUCCUCUGAUUGCCUUGAGUCAGUCUCAGGGCUUCUUACCUGUACAGAUGAUGAACUGAAGCGCUCAUCAUCAUCAUAAUCGUCCCCUCCCACACAUCGUUUGUGUGUGGGAGGGAGAUGCACUUGAGGCUGCAUCACUUGGUGCUGAGGUGGAUGAGGUCGCUGCAGUUACAUUAGUAGGCCCAGGAUUUGCAAAGGUGGGGGACAAAUACUUCAGAAGUGCAUCUAAAAAGAGGAGAUACGUAUAUUUGACAAACUGGGCUUUUACAAUAUAUAUUAAUCAAAUAGCUGUUGAUUGUGAAACCAUCAUGGCAUAACCAUAAUGGCACCUAACAUUACAGCCUGCCUUGAUCUAAUGACAUUUUAAACACAGCAAACAGCCAAAAUAUAAAAAAUGCCAACUGUAACAUCACAAAUUGCACAAAUCUGAAAAUUGGAAAACAUAAAUAUACAGUAUAUGAAUAUAUGCCUGACCGCUAAUCAUUAGCGGCUAAUGAGCUGAGUUUAGCUCGCAAGUGCUUAAGUGGACCGCGGCGAAAUUGAUGCUGCCUGCCAGAGAGGCAGAAGGAUGCCAGGCAGGCAGAACUUUAAAUUAGAAACAUUAUUUCAUUACUAUUUAAAGACGUAUGGCUAUAUGUGCUGUUGUUGUUGUGUAGUGUAUUCUUGUCUAAUUUUUCGAAUAGAAUGGGGAAGAAAAACAACAACAACAAAGAAAAACCCUCUGGCAUGCUGGCGCCUAUAGCAUUUGCCUAACCUGCCCUAUGGGUGGCACGGCCCCGGUCCCUAACCAGGUGUAAUUUUUACACUUGCGUGUUAGUUAGUGAGCUCUAAAGCUGCUGUCAGGUGGAUUUUUACUAGCUGGGGAUAAGCUAAGCUAACCUGUUGCUACUGAUAGCUUCAUAUUUACCAUACAUACAGGCAGAGUGGUAACAGUCUGACUCUCUGAGAAACAACAAAGUGAAUAUUUCCCAAAAUGUCAAACAACUGUGAAAGUAUGGCGCUUAUCUUGUACCAGUAGCCCUCGACACCAGUGGCAGAGCUCUUAGUGUAACUUUGCUGUGUUUCUCAGCGUCUGUUGGAUGUGUACCAGGGUCUCCUAAUUUUGGAAACGGAGCACUUGACUGUUCAGCCAAGGACGAAUUCGACCCAGCCAAGGCUGCUACACAGACCGGCCUUCAGAGUCUCAGGAAUAAAAAAUAUUCAGGACACAUCCAUAAAUAUAUUGGUCUCCUAAAAAAAGAAAACAAAAAACUAAAUCUUUGUUACCUUUUAAGGUAGUAGUUCAGGGUUCAAUCUGCAACAUGAUGUUAGUACCUAUGCAGCUACAUUAAGAGCUCGCCAUGACUAAACUUUUGAUCUCACAGCAUCUGGAUAAAAAUAACAACGAGCAGAGCAAUAUCACACAGAUGCAGGAGGUCAAGACGUCCCAGAUGUGACUCAUUACAGCACUUUGUAACAUUAAUAUAUCAGCAGCUGUUUAAAUACAGUUGAUGUUAUUGGAGCCACUAAUUACGUCUGAUUAUCAACAGGGCAAUUUCAAGUUCUUCCAAGACUAUUACUUUAAAGUGACUGUUCACCCCAAAAUUAAAAGUACAUAUUUUUCCUCUUACCUGUAGUGCUGUUUAUUAUCUAGAUUGUUUGGUGUGAGUUGCAGAGUGCUGGAGAUAUCAGCCGUAGAGAUGUCUGCCUUCUCUCCAAUAUGAUGAAACUAGAUGGCACUCGGCUUGUGGUGCUCAAAGCUGCAAAAUAAUCCAUAGGUAAACUCAACAGCAAUGUCUCUUUCCAGAAAUUAUUAUUAUUAUUACUCAAGAUAAUCCACGGGUGAUCAGAUUUUGGAUAUUGGAUUGGAUCAAGCCCUGAAAAUGGGUUCAUGAGACCCUAAAAAAGAGGGUGGAUCACAGGGAGCACCACCAGUUGGUCCAGGAGCUUCUCCCCCAUGAUGGCUGUUUCCAGGCAUAUUUUAGGAUGACUCGGGGGCAGUUUGACAACCUGCUGUCUAUCGUCAGGCUGUAUAGCUCUGGGUAUCCAACAACCGCUACCACCGGUUUCUCCUCCAUUGUUUACCAACUGUAAACUUGUUGUCAUGACCACCACUGAAGGCCUGCCUCUCAAAUCAUCCGAUUGGACAAUGGAGAAAAAAAGGUGACAUGGGGCGUUUUUCUGCUCUGAGUUGAAGGUUUUUCAAUUCCAGGAGUUCAGAGUGCUCCGGCAAAACCCCCUGGUGCUUAGAGCGCAGAAAUGCAAGGCACAUCGCAACGCAAAGACAGCAAGCAAAAAGCUUCAUUCUCAUCAAAAACAACGACAAAGAGCCGCCUCCAGCUGCUAAAAUGCUUUCUGUGUGAUCAGGGCCUCAAAGAUCUCUGUUAGAUUAUCUUUGUUCACACCUGUGGUGAUAAGUGGCAAUUGCAGCAUGUUUUUUGGUAGCCUGCCUACAUUGCAAUAUGCAGUCCCAUGGAUAUCCGGAUUUGGUAAUCUUGAAAAGUCGGUAUCUGGAUCAGGAUGAUCUUAUCUUUUUGAUCCAAGCUUCAAAAGACUGGCACAAAAGUAUGAUGGAUCAGCUGAUCCUGCACAGCAAAACAUGGGAUUUCCAAAUCUGGAUCGUCCUUAUCUCUACUAUUUUUUUUUUAACUGGGCCCAGGUUGUGAUUUCUGGAAAGAGACAUUGCUGUUGAGUUUUUCAAAUGUAUUAUUUUGCUGCUUUGUGCACCACAAGCUGAGUGCCAUCUAGUUUCCUUAUAUUAGAGAGAAGGCAGACAACUCCAACACGUCAACUCAUGCUUAAACAAUGUAGAGCGAUAAACAGCACUACAGAUAAGAGGAAUUAUAUGAAUUUUGAUUUUGGGGUGAACUGUCCUUUUAAUAAUUCAGGCAUCACAACUCCUAUGAAAACUUUGUUUUUUAUUCUUAAUGGAAACAUGCUCCAGGACACAGAAGGUACACUGUCGAGAGUUCAUUCCCAAAGCACUAUUUAUCUAUUUAAUUGAAGUCCAGUUUCUCUGCAGUGUGUCUAUGAAAUGUUUUAUUUAUCAACCAGGGACUGGAGUGACCUCUUGUGUUUAAAAACCACAAUAAAUUAUUGACAUUCUGUUUUUUGCGACAACUAUGAAUAUGUUUCUCCAAGUGGUGAAUAUCUGAUUUUUAAAUCCAGACUCUUCUGUCUCACUUUGAUGUUGAAACUUGAUUUCUUCUUUGUCAUUGAUGUCUUGAUUUUACUAUCGAUAUUGGAGUACAGCCCACUUGCUAAUGUAGCCCACAACAUUUCCCCAGUGCCUGUCCUUAACUGUGAACUACUAAAUGGUCCCGAGCCGUGUAGAGACGGAGUUCUGUCCUUUCAUGGGAGUUUUUAGAAGCCUCAGUUUCAUGUUUUCACUGGAAAACUUAAAGAGCCUUAAAUUGGUCUCUAAAGCCGCUGAAAACUUUCCAAAUAUCUGCGGCACAAGUUGGGAUGAGUCAAACUCUGUGGCUUGGUGAGACGAUGUCCUAAAAGCAGGGUUGUGUUUUUAAUGAUUAGUCUCACCGCAGGCCUGGAAAAUCCUGGAAUAUUAAACCUUGAGCUCUCUUAAGGACCUCAUUUCAGAGACAGAACUCUUGGCUCUGCGGCUUUGGGGAGAGCGAGGUGACGAUGAAGCACUUGAUGCCAGUUGCAAGGCGCUCUGCAGCUCUUUUUAUCUUUUUGGGUUUCAGAUGUUACCAAAAAAAAAACAAAAAACAAAAAAACACCCCUGACAGGAACUUCUAUAUUUUUUGUACAAAUGUGACGAAAUUAUGGUCGAAAACAAAACAAGUCUUCAGGGGCCUGGCGUUUGUUUUCACAGAGUUUAUUUAUCUCAAAGUUUUUUGGUUUGUUUGUUUUUUCUAUUUUGUUUGUGUGAUUUUUAACUGUCAGCACUGUAGUGUACAUAAGAAGUUUUGUAAAGAGGAAAAAACUUGUAGUGUGGUUUCUACUUUAAAUAUGAGCCUAGCUAAUAAAAGGUUCAAUGUAUGGAAAA